GAUCUGACGUGUACAGUGUGUGUGUUUCCAGUGGCGCGAGCUCAAACGCCAGCUUCAGUACAGUGAGCUCUGAAACUAUGAGGAUAUGAGCGGAACAGUUCAGUGUUCAGCGUUAUCUUCUUUCCUCCUCCUCCUCACUGCAGUGUGCUGUCACAGAGCGUUUUGUUGGAUCCUGUAUAAACCCCUCUCCUGUACCGUGUUUUGGUCUUCGAGGCAGUUUUAGCAGGAUAGUCUUGUGAUAUGUCGUGUUUCGAGGAUUUAUCCUGGAACGUGUGACUUUCCCAUCAUUCAGCAGAACAGAUGAAGAAGCUAACACAAGUCCAAUCGUCUCACUUCAUCCUGAACAUGAUGGUCUUUAACGUUUCACCCUCCAUGUUUGUCUCCGUAGCUGAGUUUGAGAUCUCGGUACCCACUCGUGUACAGAUGGCUGUGUACGGCGAGGCGGUGCUUCUGUCCUGCACGUUCCCAGUGAGCGGCUCGUGGGACGCAGGCAGCAGCGUGAUCACGUGGCAGCGCCACCUAGAGGUGGUCCACACUUUCUUCCACGGCCGAGACCAUCCGCUGUACCAGAGCCCGAGAUACGCCAACCGCACCAGCCUGUUCCACCAGGAGAUGAACAAGGGGAACGCAUCGCUCAGGCUGGACCGUACCACUCUGGAGGACGCGGGGGAGUACACCUGCUCCAUCAGCACUCAGCUGGGCAGCCAGAUGAAGAGCUUCGGCCUCAAAGUAGCAGCGUUCUACACCGAGCCUCGUCUGCACAUCUCCAUGCUGAACGACGGCCACGUGGAGGUGCGGGUGACCUCAGAGGGCGGGUACCCCUCCCCCUCGCUGCAGUGGCUGAUGGGUAACGAGAGCGACAUCACCAGCGUCACACACACGCAGCUGAGGCAGGACCAACACACACGUCUGUACAGCGUGAACAGUAAACUGAACCUGAGCGGCACCGUCAACUCCUCCAUCACCUUCGUCAUGAAGAACCCAGAUCUGGGCCAGGAGAUCAGGAGGAACAUCGACCUCCUCUCAGAAAAUGGAGGAUUUGACAAAAGCGUACAGCGAGCAGUAAUCAUUGGACCUUACGUUGCUGGAGUUGCGAUACUAGCCGUGAUCAUUUCAGUGUUCAUUUUUGCUAAACGACAUUGGAUGUUAAAAAGGGACAACUCCCAAAAUACUGCAGAUGUGAGGAAUGUAGAGUCAUCAGCAGCUUUGUAACCAUCAGACAGGAACGUGUGAAUCAUCUUCAACAGAUGAAACGCAGUUAAAGAAAAUAAGGGAAGAGCUCUCCAUUAGCUGCCCAUGAACUAUUAAAGCACUGCUGCUGAUUAUCCAGUACACAGUCAGGGCUUGUGUCACUUCUCACAUUAACUCACAUUAACUCCAGCUCCUUGAUGAUGUCUAUAAAAUGACCAGUGAAGGUUCCUCUAUCUGCAUGCUAUCACCACCUCCGACCUGCUUCUCCGUCCUGAUCACUACUUUCUGUCCAUCUCACUCCUGCUCUGAACCUUUCCGGAACUUUUAAAGACUCAUAUCCUCCCAGAACACCUGCACAUGAAUACACAAACACCUGACCACCUGCAAAACUGGGCUGUGAUCCAGGAUGCAGUAACUCAAUUCAAUUCAAUUUUAUUUGCAUAGCGCUUUUAACAAUGGACAUUGUCACAAAGCAGCUUGACAGAAAUAAAAGGAUUCAAAAAACACAUUGUAAACAUGUGAAUUUAACCCUAAUGAGCGAGCCAGAGGCGACGGUGGUGAGGAUAAACUCCCUGAGACAAUAUGAGGAAGAAACCUUGAGAGGAACCAGGCUCAAAAGGGAACCCAGCCUCAUCUGGGUGCAACGGAUAGUGCGAUUAUAAAUCAUUCCCUUCUAUUAUUGUGUACUAUAUGGACUAAUAGUGCAACUGUGCAACCAAUAAAUUAAUCACAGUUUUUCCGGUUGGUUAAAAUCUAUCCACUGUCCACUGAUGGAGUCCUGAGUACGAAGCUGCUCAUGGCAACUGCCGCCCCAAAGCCACUACAGCAAUCACAGUCCCAAGCCAUUACAGUACAGCUCCCCAUAUGUGAUCCCCAAGCCAUCUCCACAGCCAUCCCCAGCAAUCCAAACACUUCUUCAGGCCGUCCAUAUGGGGCCCCAGCAGCAGCGAGCGAACUCAACCGAUGAAGAACCAACCAACCAGAAGUAGGGCAUCAGGAUGGGUCAGGCAGGUCUGGAGAGCAGAAGGGGUCAGGAUCACUGGUGUCUCAGGAGUAGCAUGUGUAGCUCGACAGAGAGAUGGAGAGAGAGGGAGAGACUGUUAGGUGAGCUUUUGUCCUCUAAAGGUUGAGGACUAUGUACUUUGCAUGCAGAGAGCAAGCAGGGACUCCGGCAAGACUAGCUAUGACAGCAUAACUAAAAGGGAGAGCCAGAAGCUAACACAGACAUGAGGGAGUCCUGGGAUAUAAAGCAGCAGCCACUCCACCGUCGACAAACCUGAGUGAACGCGUGAGAGUGGGGGGGUGUCAGCAUCCAAACAUCCCAGUUCACCACAACACUCUAUGCCUGUGAAACCCUCCAGACCUGCUCCUUUACCUAAGAAAACUAUUCACAAAAGGCUUGACUAAACAAAUAUGUUUUGAGGCUAGACUUAAACACUGAGACUGUGUCUGAGCCCCGAACACUAAGUGGAAAGCUGUUCUAUACCUGUGGGGGUUUGUAAGAGAAAGCUCUACCCCCAGCUGUAGCCCGCACUAUUCGAGGUACCAACAAAUAGCCUGCACCUUUUGAUCUAAGCAGGCGUGGCGGAUCAUAAAAGACCAAAAGUUCGCUCAGGUACUGUGGCGCGAGACCAUUUAGUGCUUUAUAGGUCAACAGCAGUAUUUUAUAAUCAAUACGAAAUUUGAUUGGGAGCCAAUGCAGUGUGGAUAAGAUAGGGGUGAUGUGGUCAUAUCUUCUGGUUCUAGUAAGGACUGUCGCUGCUGCAUUCUGGACUAACUGGAGCUUGUUUAUGCUCCUACUGGAACAUCCAGACAGUAAGGCAUUACAAUAAUCCAACCUAGAGGUAACAAAAGCAUGAACUAAUUUUUCUGCAUUGUGUAGUAACAUUAUAUUUCUGAUCUUAGCAAUAUUUCUGAGACGAAAGAAAGUGAUCCUAGUGAUAUUAUCUACAUGAGCUUCAAAAGAAAGACUGGAGCCUUUUACUGCUGCAGAUGAUGAAACAGAAAGGCCAUCCAGAGAUACUAUGUAGUCAGAAAGCUUACUUCUAUCUGCAUGUGGGCCUAGUACAAGUACUUCUGUCUCGUCAGAAUUAAGUAAGAGAAAGUUAAUAAGCCUCCAGUUUCUAAUGUCUUUUACACAUUCCUCAACUUUAUUAAGCUGGUGUAUCUCAUUUGGCUUUGCUGAAACAUACAACUGUGUGUCAUCAGCGUAACAGUGGAAGCUAAUACCAUGCUUACGGAUAAUUUUGCCCAGAGGUAUCAUAUAUAGAGAAAAGAGCAGUGGCCCUAAAACAGAGCCUUGCGGGACACCAAUAGUAUGAGAAGAGAAGUCACCAUUUACGUUUACAAACUGAUAACGAUCAGUCAAAUAAGAACUGAGCCAGGAAAGGGCUGUUCCCUUAACGCCUACUACAUUUUCUGGUCUAUCGAGGAGAAUAGCAUGAUCAAUAGUAUCAAAAGCUGCACUAAGGUCAAGUAGCACAAGCAAAGAGACACAACCCUGAUCAGAGGCCAGUAGUAGGUCAUUUACCACUUUAACCAGUGCUGUCUCUGUGCUAUGAUGAGGCCUAAAUCCUGACUGAUACAUAGGAAUAACAUUCAUGAAAUGUAGGUAUGAGCUUAGCUGUUGUGCUACAACCUUUUCUAGGACCUUGGAGAUAAAGGGGAGGUUUGAUAUUGGUCUAUAGUUAGACAGCUGACAGGGUCAAGGUGAGGUUUUUUUAAUCAAGGGCUUGAUAACUGCUAAUUUAAAAGAUUUAGGUACAUAGCCAAUGCUAAGGGAAGAAUUGAUUAUCUUUAAAAGAAACAUGUAGGUAAAGGAUACAGGUUGAUGAUUUUGAUGAUGAAAUUAGUGAAAUUAGUUCGGUUUAAAACACUCAAAUUGUUGAUCUGAUAUUAUUAUAUUAUCAUCUACAGGGUUAGUUAUAAAACUGUCCGGUUUUAAAUUAAUAGUCUGAAUUUUUUGCCCAAUAUUUUCAAUUCUACCAGUGAAAAAAUUCAUGAAGUCAUCGCUGCUAUAUAAUGAUUGUGUGCGUGUUUCUAUUGUGGUCUUAUUCCUAGUUAAUUUUGCUACAGUACUAAAUAAGAAUCUAGGAUUAUUUUUGUUAUCUUCAAUUAGAGUGGAGAGAUACAUUGAUGUAGCAGCACCUACGAGCUUUCUUCCAUGCUGUUUGAAAAACUACUGAUUUAGUUUGAUGCCAUUUACGUUCUAGUUUUCGAGUGGUCUGUUUUAAAGUUCGUGUGUGAUCGCUAUAAGUGGAGCUACAUUAUCUAGCGAGUUGCAGAACGUUGAUUCUAAACAUUCAGUUGCCUGGUCAAGUUCUUCGGGAUCAGACGGUGAUCCAAUAAUGGUUGAUAAAUCUGGGAGAUUACUGAUAAAACUCUGUGCAGUUGUUGACGUGAACGUACGUUUGACACGGUGACGUGGCAAGGUGCAUAUACUAUGAUUAAUACACAUUUUAAAUGUGAUGAGGUAAUGAUCUGAGAUAGCUUCAGACUGUGGACAUGAGACUAUAUUUUCUAUAUUUAAUCCGAAUGUUAGUAUUAAAUCAAGAGUGUGACCACCACUAUGGGUGGGUCCUAUUACGUUCUGAUUAACCCCUACAGAAUCUAGAAUGGACACAACUGCUGCUCUCAGAGGGUCAUCUGGAUUAUCAAAAUGAAUAUUAAAGUCUCCAACAAUUAAUGCUUUGUCUAAAGAAACAACCAGGUUAGAGAUGAAAUCCGCAAAUUCACACAGGAAUCCCGAAUAUGGCCCUGGGGGUCUGUAAAUAAUAAUUACUGGAAUCACCUGGGUAGACUUAUUAUUUGUGGCUACGUAUGUUAUGUUAGUAUAAAGAACUUCAAAUGCGUGGAAUUUAUGACUAGGUUUUUGUGUGACGGCUAGAUUAUCAUUAUAAAUUUCUUGUUAUUAUAAAUGAUAAUCUACUUCGACGCCUCCUCCUCUGCCAGUUAGACGGGGCUGAUGUAUGUAACUUACCCGGGAGGACUAGCUUCAUUUAAUGCUACAAAGUCGUUUGGUUUAAUCCACAUUUCUGUUAAACACAGUACAUUAAACUCCUGAUCAGUAAUAAUUUCAUUAACAAUAAGCGCUUUAGACAUAAGAGAUCUAAUAUUCAACAGUCCUAGCUUCAGAUCAACGGUGCUGGCUAUGCAUUCGGUAUGGUUUAAUUUUAUGUUAAUUAGAUUACUAAAACAAACUGUCUGAGUAUGUCUAUAAUUUUGUUUAGCUCGGGGAACAGACACAGUCUCAAUACGGUGGAACCUAAGUGACGACUCAGUGCAGCUAGCAGACGGUCGGUUUAGCCUGCUUGUCUGCUCCCUGGCCUUGGCCCUGGAUUGUCACCGAUUAACUAGGCCUGUUCUGAGACUAUGUGCUAUGCUACAAGAAAUGAGAGCAGCACCUUCCCGAGUGGGAUGGACACCGUCCCACCCUAACAGGCCAGCCUUGCCCUCACAACUACUCCAAUUAUCUAUAAAGCCCACAUUGUUUUCGGAGCACCAUCUGGACAUCCAGCAGUUCAGCGACCAUAACCUGCUGUAAGCUACAUCGCCACGCCGCAUUGGGAUGGGGCCAGAGCAUACUACAGCAUCGGACAUCGCCUUCGCUAAUUUACACACCUCUACCAUGUUACUCUUAGUAACCUCAGACUGACGAAGGCGUAUAUCAUUAGCUCCUACAUGAAUAACUAUCUUUGAGAACCUGUGCUUGCCUAAGACCCUAAGAUUACCUGCUAUGUCCGGCGCCCUGGCUCCCGGUAUACACCUAACUAAAGCUAAUUUCACGUGCCGCAAGAUAGAGUAUCCUAUAACCAGAGCUCUUUCAGGCUGGGCGAGCCUUAGCGUUAGCUUUGGCUUUGCGAUUACGCCGCUGAGUCGUCACCCAUUCGCCCCGCUGUGAGGGCUCUGAUGCCGGAGUUGGGGGAUUUCUAACUCCGCCUAAGCCAUCUAGACUUUCCCCUACAAAAACUACGCUGCUCUCACUCUCACUAAUGAAAAUACAGUAGAACAGAAAGUGAAAAAUACAACAUAUGAAAACAAUCCCUCAAAAUUAUUGAUUAAAAAAGAAGGAAACAGUAUAGUUAAGACGCCGAUGCAGGCAAGAAACUCCCGGUUACUCAGAGUUCUCCAUUCUGUUGCCAAAGAGCUGAACUGUGACUCCCCCACUUCUUUAAGUGCCCUUGGUUCUGGAAGUUUCUCUCCCCUUUAUCACCUGUAUGCACAUUUCAGAGAAUUCUUACGUAAACAAUUGUAUUGAGAGUUGAGUGUGCAGUGAGGUUUUAUACUGAAAUUACAGAGUACUCAGAUCCCAGACUAAUAACUAGAGACUUAAGUGCACGGAAAUACUGACCCGACUUUUGGACAUAAACUGUGAAUCUGUGAAAUCUGACUUUUGGACAUAAACUGUGAACUGUGAGAGUUUAAAGUGUCAAACCAAACCAACCAGCUAUGAGAUAAAUCACGACUUUAUAACAAUUUUAGAAGCAAAAGAGAAAAUUGAAAAACGUCAAAAUAAUAAUAAUAAUAAUAAUAAUAAUAAUAAUAAUAAUAAUAAUCAUAAUAAUCAUAAUAAUAAUCAAUUAAUUUCCAAAUGAAAUGUUGGGGAAAAAAGGCACAAAAACAAACUCUGCACUUGUGGGUUUCUCCUGUUACUGAUUCUGAAUAGUUUAGAUUUUUAUUGCAGCACAAUAAGCAUGCUUUUAUAUGUUUACAGUUUAAUGCUAUGGAAUCCUGUUCUCACUUACGUUAUAGCAGCUACUGAACUUAAUAAGACAAAAAAAAAAGACUUGAUUAAGACUAAUAAAAAACAGGACUAAUAAAUGAAAGUUAGUAAAAUGGAGUAAACAUGUACAGCUUUUUACUUUUUCUUUUUUUUUUUUUUUUUUUUUUUUGCUAAUGGACAAAACGCCUGAAUGAAUGCACUUUUUUACUGCUUACUUUAUGUUUUAUAUACAAAUGAAAAAAGUGUGUGUCGUAAAAGUGAAAAAAACGUACAAUUUCCAGGAUAUAUGAUGAUACAGAUCGAACCUGUGGCUGAUGCCGAGAAGCGCCUGCUUCGCUCAUUCAUCUGUCCUGGUCGUGUCCAUCACUGCACCAUUACUGCUCAGAUAUAUUCAGCACAAUUUCAGAGACUUUUGAGGCCCCUAUUAACCCUGAUCUCAUCACAGCUGUUAAAUUAGACUUCACAGCGUUUAUCUGACUCCUAGCCAGGCACCUCAUCCUCCGCAGACUGAAGUCUUCUCCUCUCCCCCUCGCCAUGCUCAGAUUAACGACGUGUUUCCAUCUAUAAAGCUUGAAAAAAGUCGCUUAGAGGAUUACACUGAAUUAUUUUAUUAAUUCACUUAGAGGGUCCACUCACAACUCUAAUAGAGUAUGAGAAGCUUUUCUGGCUUUAAUGCAGAGACGCUAAUGUUUCCUUCUGCCUUGUAAAUAAUGUAAUUCAUUUGUGCUGUUUGGUCAGUGUUAAUGCUAAUGCUAAUGCUAAUGCUAAUGUUAAUGUUAAUGCUAAUAUUAAUGAUAAUGAUAAUGAUAAUGAUAAUGCUAAUGCUAAUGUUAAUGAUAAUGAUAAUGAUAAUGUUAAUGUUAAUGCUAAUGCUAAUAUUAAUGCUAAUGUUAAUGAUAAUGAUAAUGAUAAUGUUAAUGCUAAUAUUAAUGCUAAUGUUAAUGCUAAUGCUAAUAUUAAUGCUAAUGUUAAUGCUAAUGAUAAUGCUAACGCAAAUGCUAAUAUUAAUGCUAAUGCUAAUAUUAAUGCUAAUGUUAAUGAUAAUGAUAAUGCUAAUGUUAAUGAUAAUGCUAAUGCUAAUACUAAUGCUAAUGUUAAUGAUAAUGAUGAUGUUAAUGCUAAUGUUAAUGUUAAUGCUAAUGCUAAUAAUAAUGUUAAUGAUAAUGAUGAUGUUAAUGCUAAUGCUAAUGUUAAUGUUAAUGCUAAUGUUAAUGCUAAUGCUAAUGCUAAUAAUAAUGUUAAUGAUAAUGUUAAUGAUAAUGAUGAUGUUAAUGCUAAUGUUAAUGUUAACGAUAAUAUCAAUGUUAAUGAUAAUGUUAAUAUUAAUGAUAAUGCUAAUGUUAAUGCUAAUGAUAAUAUUAAUGAUAAUGCUAAUGCUAAUGUUAAUAUCAAUGAUAAUGUUAAUGCUAAUGUUAAUGCUAAUGCUAAUAUUAAUGCUAAUGUUAAUGCUAAUGAUAAUGCUAACGCAAAUGCUAAUAUUAAUGCUAAUGCUAAUAUUAAUGCUAAUGUUAAUGAUAAUGAUGAUGUUAAUGCUAAUGUUAAUGUUAAUGAUAAUGCUAAUAAUAAUGUUAAUGAUAAUGAUGAUGUUAAUGCUAAUGCUAAUGUUAAUGUUAAUGCUAAUGUUAAUGCUAAUGCUAAUGCUAAUAAUAAUGUUAAUGAUAAUGUUAAUGAUAAUGAUGAUGUUAAUGCUAAUGUUAAUGUUAACGAUAAUAUCAAUGAUAAUGUUAAUGAUAAUAUUAAUGAUAAUAUUAAUAUUAAUGAUAAUGCUAAUGUUAAUGCUAAUGAUAAUAUUAAUGAUAAUGCUAAUGCUAAUGUUAAUAUCAAUGAUAAUGUUAAUGAUAAUGUUAAUGCUAAUGCUAAUGUUAAUGUUACUGCUAAUAUUAAUGAUAAUUGUAAUAUCGUAGUGCAGAAACUCACAGAAGGAAAACCAUAACUCUUUGUGGUCGCUUUAUUGAAGCGUCUCAGCAGGCAGACAGAACAGGACAAUGGUGCAGAAACUCACUGCUCUUCUUCACAGCCUUUUAUGACUAUCCAACCCAUAGACAAUGCAUUACCGCCCCCUACUGGACAAAUCUCAAUAAACCCUCCUCACGUAUCACAGUAAUGCUAAUGAUAAUGUUAAAGAAAUGUUUGUACUGUUACUAAUUCAUUUAAUUUGUUUGUUAAUGUCAUGCCUUUUUCUGUUCUUCAUAUUCACAUUUUAUAUUUUGCAUUUUUUUCACAUUAUAUUAAAAUCAAUAAACAAAUGUCAGUUUAUGAAAACUGUUAAAAUAAAAAGGGUUAAAUUCCCGGCAUACA